AUCUUUAUAGAUAUUCAACCAAAUUAAUAUCAAUAUAUCAAAACACCAACACUUACAUAACAAGAGAAGUAAUUAAGUCAUGGGAUUUCGUUUGUUACCGAUGAUUUCCAGUGCUAAACAUAUCUACAAACUGCAAUCCGCUCUUACAAGAAAUCAUUCCGAUGUUCCUAAAGGACAUUUUGCAGUUUAUAUCGGAAAAACAGAGAAGAAACGAUUCGUGGUCCCAAUAACGUACUUGAAUCAUCCUUCUUUCCAGAAAUUAUUAAGGCAAGCAGAAGAAGAAUUUGGGUUUCAUCAUUCAAUGGGAGGUUUAACAAUACCAUGCAAUGUAGAUGCAUUUGUUGAUGUCACUUCUCAAUUGAACACUUAAUUAAAUCAUGAAGCAAUAAUACUUCAGAAUAGACCAUAGAAUAUUUCACUUUUUUUUUUUUUUGCUCUUAUAAUAUGCAAGAGUUGUAAACUUAUGUACAUAGCCUUCAACAAAUGUAAUCUCUACCGAGUUUUGUUGACUUU